AUGUCAGACUGGGUAGACAAUGUCGAUUUGAGCCCAGAAGGCCCGCGACAUCUAGCCAAAUGGUACGUGGGUGAGAAUGCCUUCUCCGGAUUGAUCGAAUGGACGACAGCGAUGCCAGAGGCCUUGAAGCCGUGUCUGGCAGCGGUUACAGAGAGACUACCUACAGAUGAGAACCGACCAGAAGAGGCUCGAACCCUGGUAUUCGAUCCCUUCAUCGACCUUGGAUUCAAGCGCGGCUUACUCUACAAGUGCGUUGAGCAGCCUACCAAUCUGCGUGAUGCCAUCACACGCACCCCAAAGCCCUCCUCGCAACACAGGCGUGCCCUUGCCAGAACUAUUGCGACGCAGGUCCGGUCCCUGUACGUCCACUUUCGGAUUGAUCACCCAGCUCUGCGGACCGAAAGCUUCGUCUUCUUCGUUAAUUCCGACCCAAAUCUCAACACGCCCUAUAUUCUCGACUGGGCGCGACAAGCAUCUCCCGAGAUGUACCAACAUCCUGAAUACCAAGCCGGGAAACCUCUCUGGUCCGACCACGUCUGGUCCUUGAUGAUGGUGCUGUCUGAGAUUGCUGACUGGAAGCCACUUAAAAAGGAAAUUCAGGACCACGCCGAGUUACGCAGCAGGAAACUUGAGAGGAAGCGACUGGUGACAAGUCCCAGUUGGAAGGGUGCCAUGACCGCGGAGCUCUUCCAGUUCGGCUUCGAAUUUCUUGACAAGGAUCGCAGCACACUUGAGGAGUACAGCCAUUGGGAGGUCAAGCGCUUCUAUGAUGGAUUGUGCAAGCUUCUGGACCCUUUGUGA